AUGCGCUCCGCCGCCGCCCUCAGCCGCAUCCUCCUCCUCCUCCUCCUCCUCCUCCUCCUGCCGCCGCCGCCCGCCGCCGCCUACUUCGGCCUGACUGGGAAGGAAGCCCUGACCCACUUCCCAUCGCUGGUGCCCCCCGCGGGCUCUGCCCAGGGCAGGGUGCACGUCAAGCAGUGUGAUCUGCUCCAGCUGUCCCGCAAGCAGAAGCGGCUGUGCCGGAGGGAGCCGGGCCUGGCCGAGACCCUGCGCGACUCCAUCCGCCUGGGCAUCGUGGAGUGCCAGUUCCAGUUCCGCAGCGAGCGCUGGAACUGCAGCCUGGAGGGGAGGACCAGCCUGCUCAAGAGAGGUUUUAAGGAGACAGCGUUCCUGUACGCGGUGUCGGCGGCGGCGCUGACGCACUCGCUGGCGCGGGCCUGCAGCGCGGGGCGCAUGGAGCGCUGCACCUGCGACGACUCCCCCGGGCUGGAGAACCGCAAGGCCUGGCAGUGGGGGGUCUGCGGGGACAACCUCAAGUACAGCACCAAGUUCCUCAAGAAGUUCCUGGGGCAGAAGAGGAUCGGCAAAGACCUGCGGGCCAAGGUGGACAUCCACAACACCAACGUGGGCAUCAAGGCGGUGAAGAACGGCCUGAAGACCACCUGCAAGUGCCACGGCGUGUCGGGCUCCUGCGCCGUGCGGACCUGCUGGAAGCAGCUCUCGCCCUUCCACGAGAUCGGGCGGCUGCUGAAGCUCCGCUACGACGACGCCGUCAAGGUGUUCAGCACCACCAACGACGCCGUGGGGCACUCGGAGCUGGCCGGGCCCCCCCGGCACGGGCACUCCCCGCGCCUGCCCCCGGCCCCCCGCGCCACAGACCUCGUGUACGUGGAGGACUCGCCCAGCUUCUGCCGCCCCAGCAAGUACUCGCUGGGCACCGCCGGCAGGACCUGCUCCAGGGAGGGCAACUGCGACAGCAUGUGCUGCGGGAGGGGCUACAACACCCAGAGCAGGCUGGUCACCUUCUCCUGCCACUGCCAGGUGCAGUGGUGCUGCUACGUGGAGUGCCAGCAGUGCAUGCAGGAGGAGGUGGUGUACAGCUGCAAACAGUAG